GUUCACCAACCCGCGCUGCUUGCCCUGUUCCUUUCUGUAUGAGCUCACUUCUUCUUCUGCCUUUCCUUUGAUGAGAACUACUUCUGCUGCCCUAAAAAAAAAUAAUCAUGGUCCAAGCUAAGACGUGGAUCCUGACCAAGCACUUUGACGGCUUCCCGAAGGACAGCGACUUUGAGCUCAAGGUGGAGGAGCUGCCUGCGCCAAAAGAUGGAGAGGUGCUUUUGGAAGCAGUGUUUCUCAGUGUGGACCCAUACAUGAGGCCUUUCAGUAGGGUUCGCAUGAAUGAAGGCGAUGUGAUGAUCGGAUCUCAAGUGGCCAAAGUGAUUCAAAGUAACAACCCAGCAUUUCCUGUGGGAAGCCAUGUUGUUGGUCGUUGUGGCUGGAGGAGCCACACAGUCUGCAACGGGAUGGGUCUCGUUCCCAUCAUGCCAGAGUGGCCGCAAGACGUCUCGUUGUCUCUGGCUCUGGGUGCCAUCGGCAUGCCGGGAUUGACAGCUCUGUACGGGAUAGAAGAGAUUCUGGGCCUCCAGAAGGGCGAGACCCUGCUGGUGAAUGCUGCCGCGGGGGCCGUGGGCUCCGUGGUGGGCCAGAUUGCUAAAAUCAAGGGCUGUAAGGUGGUGGGGUCCGCAGGGACUGAUGCCAAGGUGGCUUUCCUCAAAGAACUGGGCUUCGACGAGGCCUUCAACUACAAGACUGUUGGUUCCAUGGAGGAGGCGCUGAAGAAAGCUUCUCCAGGCGGAUACGACUGCUUCUUCGAAAACGUUGGAGGACUUUCUUCAAGUGUUGCCUUGCAGCAGAUGAAGAAUUUUGGAAGAAUUGCUGUGUGUGGAGCCAUUUCCACGUACAAUGACUCCACACCCCAAACAGGUCCAUUCCCCCACCUGACCAUGAUCUUCAAGCAGCUAAAGAUGGAGGGCUUCAUGCAGAGCAGGUGGGAGCACAAGAACCCCGAGUCCCUGAAGAGGCUGAUGGGAUGGUUGAAAGAGGGCAAACUGCAGUGUCGGGAGCACAUCACAAAGGGCUUUGAAAAGAUGCCAGCUGCUUUCAUGGGGAUACUGCGGGGGGAAAACGUCGGCAAGGCUAUCGUCGCAGUCUGAUGUGGAGCAAAGAAGAAGAACCUGUGUUUAAUGUAACAUUAUUACAGGAUUCAUACAUGAAGGAUUAAUAGAGCUUAUAACCAACCAGAUAUGUGUAUACUAACAUGAUGUCCAUGGAAAAUGUGAUAUAUAGAAUGUGAGUUAAGACUGAAAAUAUACGUCCCUACAUAAGUGUACGAUACUGCACCACUAGGUCUUUUUAUUAAUGAUAAGGAUCAUACUUUUUGUUUUGCAUUUAAAGAAUAAAGACAAGAAAAGUGACUUUAAAUAAUCAGGAUUGGAGACACUGUCUUGGAACCUACACACUCAGUUCAUUAGGAUAUAACACGGUGGAAACACACACACACACACACUGGUGAUUAAAGAUAAGAGAUGAAGUACCUGCGCCAAGUCCGCCAAGAGUAUUUGUCUGAACACCAAGAGACACUCACAGAUGUUAUAAUCUCUUUUUCAGCCUAUGUGGCAGGAAACACACAGCUAGCAGAAAGACAGACAGAAAUGAGACAAAGAUGUUCCAUUAAAUAAUUUGCAGGGCUAGCAACAAUUAAUUAAUUCAUCAAUUUUAAGAUUACUUCUACAAGACAAUUGAGCAUGUCUUUCUCAUAUGCCCCUACAUGGUAACACACUAGUAGUAUACGUACUAAUAUAAAACAUUUUUCCAAGUUUUGACCACUAUCCAGACAAUUGUCUCUGUAUUUGAGUGUACUUGGACAAGAUUUCCAGAUCUGCUGCUGCAUUCGUACAUUAUUGUAAUGCUAUUAUAACAUAUGUGUUGUAUUUAGUGAGAGUUUGUGUAAAACAAAUAAGGGCUUUUUUCCUCAGAUUUUCUGUUGACAUCGUAUAUUUUACCUUUGUGUUGGGCUUUAUUUUGCAGACUGUAGUAUCUAUCCAGUGUAAUUCUAGUACAAAUGUAUGCGUGUCCUGCACUUGAAGCGGAGGAGAAUAGAAGAGAAAGCGAUUGAAGAUGUGAUCUCCUUUCAAUCCUCAAAUGAGUGUAUUCGACAUAAUAGAGUUAGCCCUCAGCUGCCAAGUGCAGCCUUUAUUUGAUCAGGAAAUAGACCGUAUUUUUAGACACUAAUUAGAAUUUCAUAAGCUUGUGAUGGUAAUGAGAGCUCCAUGGUAACAAGGGCUGCUGUUUGUUCCGGUAGAAAAUCACAAGGUUUCCCCAGUUUGGGGAGAUAUUUGGAGUUGUAUACCUACAGGAGUAUGUUUUAUUUUUUCCCUUAAUGAUCAGGACCCUAUGGACCAAUUCCAAAAUUGCACUUACCAGAAAAUUAGCUUAUUAUACCGAGUUUAAUUCCCCAGUUACUACAAAUGUUAUCGUGACGCUUAAAAAUGUUUUAACUUCCAACAAAAUAAAAUAUUACAAAAUACU